CCGAGGCCGCUGAGCUUUCCCACUUCCAAGUUUCCCGAACUCCCCGCCCCUGCUCCACCCCCUGGCGGCGGGAGGCGCGGAGACUGAGGCACCCCAACUCCGGGUUCCGCUUGGCAGCCGCUGCCGCCGCUGGGGUGCUGGUUGGGGUUCGGGGCUGAGCCGCGCGCCUCCCGGGGUGCCCAGGGCGCGCGCACCGAGUGCGGGGCCCCGCGCCUCUGCGCUCCGCUCCGCUCCCGGGGGGCAGGGCCCGCGUCGGCGUGGAGACACUGCGGAAGUUCCACUAAGCAGCCCAGAAUGGCCUAGAAUUUGGGAUGUUCCUGCCUCGGCCUCCUGUAUGCUGAGAUUACAGGGUACAACAUAUCAUUUCAACUUCAAAGAAUCUUGGACUAAAAACUUUUCAUAGUGCUGAAAAAGUCAGGAGAAGAACAACUUUUCCUUCCCUCUCAUUUGAGAGGAAUUGAAGAAGAAAUAAAAUGGCAGCGGUUUAAAGUUUAAUGUUCAGGAUGAAUGAUGAUAAUUCAGAUAAGACAAAAGAUGAAUUAUACUCCUUAUUUAUUAGCAAUAAAAAUGGAAACACACAUGAAUACAACCAAGAGUCACCAUCUACACACAGCUCCUCAACCAAUCAUGUGAGUUGGAAUUCUGCCAACCCAGAUAACAUGGUGGUGGAUUAUGAAAUGGACCCUGCUGUGGACAGUGAUGAAAGUGUUUCUUUAAAUCAUCAGUGCGCUAAAGUUCUUGAUCACCAAAAGUCCUCAAGAGAUUUCACUAGUAAGCAGGUAUUAGAAACAUAUGAACAUUCCAAGUGUCAGCCUUCUGCACUGGUAAAUACAGAGAAUUCAGAAUACCUGCAUAGUCAUUGUCAUUCCGUAGAAGCAGUUCAGGACCAGAGUGUUAAACCCUCUCUACCUUUAGUGUGGAAACCUAAUGAUGAUUUGAACUGCAUAGACUACCCUACGGCCUUGGAGCUAAACCAAACAUUUGACGUCACGGGGGACAAAGUUAAUUGCACCUUUUUAACACAUCAUGUUAUUGACAAGGAUUGGGCUUCCCCUGCCCCUGGAAGUCUGCAACCAAACAGUGUGAGAAGUGGAAAUACAUCAUCUUUAACCUGUUCCACUUGGACAUCAUCCCAUUCUGCCAAGAUGCCUGUGAGAGAAAUUAAUAGUAAUAGAGAAAGCCUUAGAAACCUUCAAAUCACACCAUCAGACACCCAAAACACAACUUACACAGCAUUUUCUCAUGUGGUGAUGCACACUGAUGUUCCAGAUACUGGGGAUCAGUGUCAAUAUUCUUUAGGAAAGGUUACCAGCAAGUACACAGAUGGGUCACUGCGAAGACUAGUUGGAGAAAGAGAAAUACAAGGCCUAGCACCAGUUUCUGAUGGCAUGGAAGUCCCCAGUGGGUCUGUAUUACAAGAGUUCUAUUGUUUAUCUAAAGAUGAACCAAAUAGUGAGACACAGUCACAAAGCUCAUGUGGACAAAAGGAAAUGGGCCAAAAUCUAAAAGAAACAGUGUCCAAUUGUCUUAUUGAUGAUGAAUGCCCUUUAUUGAUGCCAGCUUUUGAUAAAAGUAAAGUCCAAGUGCUGGAUUCAGAGCAUAAAGUCACUGUGACUGAAGAUCCACAAAUUGCUUCCAAUGAUAAAAAUUUGGGAACUCAAAAUAAUACUGUAGAACUGAUACUAAGUAACUCACCAGGACAAAAGAAGAUUUCAUCACUUGAAAUGACUUGGGAUGCAAAUGAUGAUUUGGUCAUUCACACAAGAAACACAGUUUGUAUGUCGACACCAGUUCUACAACAGCCAAGUGCAAACUUUACUUUUUCUCCUGUUGAAGUGACAGAGGAGUGUACCGAGGAGAAGUGUAAUCGAGAACCUGAAAAUUUACCAAACUUGAAGGGAGCACCUAUGAACAUGUCUAAGCCUAGUCUAGGAAAAUCAGCAACCAAAGCUAACACCCUUAUAGGCAGCAAAGUUAGAAAAACUGAAAUUAUAAGUUACCCAACACCAAACUUCAAGAAUGUCAAAGCAAAAGUUAUGUCUAGACCAGUGUUACAGUCCAAGGUCAUAGCCAAACCUCAGUUGGCCAAUGCCUCAUUGCCCUCCUCACUGGCUUCCUCAAAACAGUUGACAGUUUUGAGCAAAAUACCAAGAUCUGACUUUACUGCAAACAAAAAAGCAGAAAUUCUAACUAAUAAGACACAUAAGCAGCAGUUUAAUAAGCUCAUUACUGGCCAGGCUGUGCAAGUUACAACUCAUUCUAAAAAUGCUUCACACCGGCUUCCAAGAACAACAUCUGCCAUGAAAUCGAAUCAGGAAGAUGUUGACAAAGCAGGUUCUUCUAAUUCAGUGUGUGAGACUGGGUCUGUAGCUGCAUUUUUUCAGAAGAUCAAAGGCAUACUCCCUGUUAAAAUGAAAACUGUAGAAUGUUUGGAAACGACAUAUGUUUCCAGUGUCGAUCAGAUUAGCCCUGAAAAGAAAGGUGAAAAAGACAAUGGGACACCCAUGGGAAAACAAGAGCCACAAAAAGAAACCAUGAAUGAGACUUUUGAAUAUGGUUCUCUGUUUAUGGCUUCUCCUCCCAAAACUGCCACCACCUCAGGUAGGAAUAUAUCCAAGCCUGACUCCUGCAGUUUGAGGAAAACACCCAGCUCAAAAGCCAAAGUGGGGCCUGCGGUUUCCUGUUUGAGGCGGAAGAGCGACAGUAGAAACCCCAAUUCUGAUCGAGCCUUAUCUCCUCAGAGGAUCAGGCGUGUGUCUAGCUCUGGAAAACCUGCAUCCUUGAAAACUGCACAGCCAUCUUGGGUGAAUUUGCCUAGAGCACUUCCUAAAUCCAAAGCAUCUUUGAAAAGUUCUACCCUGCGGAGAACAGGAAGCAUCCCGUCUGUUGCCAGCACCCACAGUGAUUUGAGCACCUACAGCAAUAACUCUGGUAGUGCUCCUGUCAUCAAGAAUGAGGAGAAACCUCCCAAACCACCCUUUCAAAAUGGCUCAGGAUCCUUAUAUUUGAAGCCUUUGGUACCCAGAGCUCAUGCACACUUGCUGAAAUCUUCUCCAAAAGGUCCUUUAAGAAAAAGUCUGUUUACAGCCUUUAAUGCAGUUGAAAAGGGCAGGCAAAAGAAUCCCAGAAGUCUCUGCAUCCAGACCCAGACGUCUCCAGAUGUGCUGUCCUCCGAGAAAACACUUGAAUUGGCUCAGUAUAAAACGAAAUGUGAAAAACAAGGUGGAUGUAUCCUGCAGCUCAAGCAGCUUCUCUCCUGUGGUAACGCCAGAUUUGAAGCACUAACGGUUGUGAUCCAGCACCUCCUGUCUCAGCAGGAGGAAGCGCUGAAGCAACAGAAAACCCUAUCUCAAGAACUUGUUAACCUCCGGGGAGAGCUAGUUGCUGCUUCCACCACCUGUGAGAAAUUAGAAAAGGCCAGGAAUGAGUUGCAAAUAGCAUAUGAAGGAUUUGUCCAGAAGCUAAACCAGCAGCACCAGACAGAUCGGACGGAGCUGGAGAAUCGGCUGAAGGAAUUUUACAGGGAGUGUGAGAAGCUUCAGAACAUUUACAUUGAAGAAGCAGAGAAGUAUAAAACCCAGUUGCAGGAGCAGUUCGACAACUUAAAUGCUGCCCAUGAAACCUCUAAGUUGGAAAUUGAAGCUAGCCACUCGGAGAAAGUAGAACUGCUAAAGAAGGCCUAUGAAACCUCCCUUUCAGAAAUCAAGAAAAGCCAUGAAAUGGAAAAAAAGUCACUUGAGGAUUUGCUGUAUGAGAAGCAGGAAUCGCUAGAGAAACAAAUCAAUGAUCUGAAGAGUGAAAAUGAUGCUUUAAAUGAGAAGUUGAAAUCAGAAGAACAAAAAAGAAUAUCAAGAGAGAAGGCAAAUUUAAAAAACCCUCAGAUCAUGUAUCUGGAGCAAGAACUAGAAAGCCUGAAAGCUGUGUUAGAGAUCAAGAAUGAGAAACUGCAUCAACAGGACAUCAAGUUAAUGAAGAUGGAGAAGCUGGUGGACAACAACACAGCAUUGGUUGACAAACUGAAGCGAUUCCAGCAGGAGAACGAGGAAUUAAAAGCUCGAAUGGAUAAGCAUAUGGCAAUUUCGAGGCAACUUUCCACUGAGCAAGCUGUGCUGCAGGAGUCCCUGGAGAAGGAGUCAAAGGUCAACAAACGGCUCUCCAUGGAAAACGAGGAGCUGCUGUGGAAGCUGCACAAUGGGGACCUGUGCAGUCCCAAGAGAUCUCCCACAUCCUCAGCUAUCCCUUUUCAGUCACCCAGGAAUUCUGGCUCCUUCCCCAGCCCCACUGUCUCACCCAGAUGACACUUUCUGAAAGCCCAGAGACUCUCCAAAAGCAUUGGGAUGCAGGUCUGCAGGACUCAUCAGGAUCAUGGGAGCAAGAACGACAUUGGCUUUCAUGGAAUUCCUGCAGGAUAACUGGAAAGCAAUCACCACCAGAACCGGCUACUUAUGAGACGGGACCUCUGGAGGAAGACUUUUGACUUGGUCUAAAAACCUCCUCCAAAAAGAUUUUGGAAUUGAAGUAGACGUUGUUGCACAAAGCACUUAAGGAAUGAGAGAAUCUUGUUCUUUUGCCUUUUUUCACCUAAGCAUAAGGGGAAAAACUCUCAGGGGCCUAUUAAGAUAAAAAUUUAUAACCUUUAUAAUGUUCUUCACCACAGACACCUUCUUGUGAUUUUUAUUUCCGUCUUGACUGUAUUGGGGUGUGUGAAUGAAAUGGAAGUAAGAGAGUGUCUUGUGUCUGGUGCAGCCUUCUUUGCUGUGUAUUAAAGAUCAAAAGCUAAAUAUCGAUGGAUAUGUACUAAUCAAGUCAUAGUCAGUAUACACAUUUCAACAAAAGCCAUAGAAGAAAAAGCAAUAGUUGCUUGAGUUACAGUUAUUUACCACCAACUCCACUCAGCCCUGUGAUAUGGCAGGUAGAGAGUAUGACAGGAAAAACUUUUUGACUUGUCACUGUCUAUACAUUUCUCUUUUUCUCUCUGUUUUUCAAUAUUCAGCCCUGUCAGUUGAAACUAGGUAGAUUUUUGUGAGCCUAAUACUAUUCUAUGAUGCAUUUUCUCAGGCUAUGAGCAAAAGUAGAACCGUAAUUUUUCUAAAAACAAAACAAAAAAACUUUAUGAAGAAAAGGUGGGGGCAGUACCAAUGGAUUAUUCUGCCUUAUUCUUACCUUGAUCUAAGCUGUCCUUACAGAUUUAAACCUUCAUCUUCUCUCCCAUUUUCCUCAUUUAUCCCUUUCCUUUCUCUGUCAUCUAUAGCCACAAAAGCAAACCUUCUACCUCUUACCUACUUUUCUCUGGGACAAAGGUAAAGGAAUAUGCUUUUCCGGAGCCAGCUCAUCUUUAAGGUGCUGAACCCAUUUCCCAAAUAAACUAAGGCCUGCAUCUGAUAUUGCAAAUUUUAGGGAAAACAAAUGAGGAAAAGGAGUCAUUGGCUAGAUAGGAUUCAGCAUGGACAAAUGAAUUGGAAGCACCUUGAUUAAGUCAAUGAUUAAGGGUUCAACAGAAUAAAACAGUCUAAGAGAGAGAUUGUGAGUGUUGGCAUACCUUUUGAGCACUCCUUCUGUCUUUGGAAAAGUAGCAGAAUGGCCAGCCAAUGAGUGCAGAUGUGGUUUGUACAACUCUCUUCCAAGUUGCAUUUGAAUUUCUUUUCAAAGUUUCACUUGACACCUCCCCCACCUCCAGCUCUAGCUCUAAGACUUUGGGGCAGGUGAAAGGACAUCUGUGUCUUUCCCCCUCUCCCUUGCAUGUGUCAAUAUUGUGAAGUCAGUAUUUACUAAUCUGCGUUUGAUGGCUGUGCAAAUAACCCCUAGAGUAAAAACAGAUUGAGGAUACUAGAGGUGGAUAUUUGAGUCAUCAUGUACAUGUACACUUACAUAGCGAAUUGGUAUUCAUAAUGCAUGUUUUUUUUAUUAGUGAUUGUGUUUGAAGUUUUUAGCCUCCAGGAGUUUAUUACAUAUGUAACCUUCCAUGUUUGCUUCCAGUGAAUGGGAAUGUAGGUUCACUGCCACCUCCUGGAGUAGCUACUCCUGCUCCCAAGUUGUUCUCAAUGACAUUAGCCAAAGUUGGGUUUGCCAUUCAUCCCUGAGCAUGGUAAAUUUCAUGCUGUUUCCUGCUGUCCUCAGAAUCAUUUAGGUAUCUGGGAAAUAAAUCUUACAGCAAUUAGUAUAAAAUGUCUUCAGAGAAUGAAAGACAACUGGAGAAAAAAUAGGAAAUGAAAUGGAAAGCUUUUAAUUUUUUUCAAACCAAAUGUUUUAUGUAGGAUGCAAAAUGUUGGCACAUCAUAAAAAUAUGGGAUGUGUGAACAAUGGUAGUUGUGCUCAGUUUAUAGUGACGGAAAGUGUAUUUUACUUUGGUCAAAUAAAUAAUGCUGGAAUACUCAACAUAAGAAUUGCAUCCUCUGACAUACUUGACUCUUCAAAAUGUUAUGUGUAUAGCCAGUCUCCUAGCAUGGUAGUUAAGAUUGUGUCUCUCAAGCUUUUUUAUAGGAAUUUCCAAAGCAGCCACAGAAUUUGUCAUGGGCUGAAAUUUGGCUCACAGAGCUAAGCUUUGCUAAAAUCAGAGACAUGUAUUUUGAGAAAAUUUUUGACUGGUGUGACAUAAGAAAAUUGGGAUGGCUGUGGUCUAAAUAUUUUUGAAGAAUGGGUUUAGACAAAGUUAAAUCUUCCAUAAUCUGCAUCUAUUUUGUUAAAAGUUAAACUUGAAAAAAAAAUCACACGUUCU